AGUGUGUAUCUGUAAAUGUAUGCUUUUGUUUUCUGUUUUUUUCUAGACUCCACCAAAGCACUACAGGAAAACCCUAAACCACAGGAUCUCUUUGUUGAAGCGCCACCUGAUGUUCAGGUGUUUGCAAAGAAAUCUGUAAGAGACUCAAGAAAGCUGAUCCUGACCUGCCUGAUCACGGGAUUCUACCAUAAAGACGUGAAGAUGAGUCUGAGGAAGUCCGGCACUUCAUUUCCUGAACAUCUGAUCACAUCUUCUGGAGUCAGACCCAAUGAUGAUGGAACCUACCAGCUGAGGAAGAGUGUGGAGAUCAGUGAUGAUGAUCCAGCAGAUUAUUACUGUUUCGUGUCUCACAGCUCCCUCACAGAACCAGUGAUUAAACAAUGGGAUGGAAGAUGUAUCGACUGCCCAAACUCUCUGGGUGCAAUUAUUGGAGGUUCAGUCUCAGGAGUUGUUGUGGUCCUGUGUCCAGUGAUCGUCUUUGUUGUGAUGAUAACGACACUAAUUGACUCCGGUGCCGAGGGUAACUUCAUGAACCACCAGCUGGCCAGACAACUCCAGAUCCCAAUAGAACCCCUGGAGAACCCUGUCAAACUGUCUGCUGUGGAUGGGAAACCAAUUGGACAGGGAACCAUUUCCCACACCACCGUUCCUGUCAGAAUGAACAUCAGCGCUCUGCACUCUGAGGAGAUCAGAACAUAA